AUGCGACAAAAUAUUUAUUUUCUGAUAACGAUCGGAUUUAUCAUUGGCAUUAUUGGAACUACUUUAGCAGAUGUAAAAGUUCUGUAUAAAAAAGAAGAUAAUGAUUUAAACAAGGAAAUAUCAUUAUCAACGAAUGAAGAUACACCUGAUGGAGAACUUAUCAUAAAAGGGUCUCAUUCAAUCAAUUUGAAUGGUGCGAAAUUCCUGCCAGAAAGAGAUUAUAAUCUGAUUGUUGAGUAUGUCGCCGAUAAAAAUGGCUACAGAGCGAAAUAUAUAUUAUCGUCUAAGCCUACCGACUUGGUUUUUAUUACUUUAACACCGAAUGCACUUAAAACAGCUGCUGGUUAA